CUAUAAGAGUCAGUUACACCUGCUGCUGCUCCGUUAGUUCAGAGGAGAGGACAGGCUGUGGCUGUAGACUCGGCAUAGGGUGAAGGAACAGGCAGAGAUGGCUGCGACCACAGCUCAGCCCAUGGGGAGCCUGCCCAGCGGAAUGGGGAUCUGCACUACAGCCCCUGAUCUAUUUUACCUGCCAGAACUGGUGUUUGGCGGUUUGGUUUGGAUCUUGGUUGCAUCAACUCAUGUGGACCCACCAAAUCCUCUGGCCUGGGUGAUGUUUGUGUCUGUCUUCUGCUUCGUCAUGACCUUCCUCUGGAUGAUCAUCUUUGUAUCUGGAUGUCAUAAGAACAGCUCUGGCUGGGCUGCUGCUGAUUAUGCUUACCACUGCCUGGCAGCAAUGUUCUACCUCAGUGCAGGCGUGGCUAUGGCUUUCAUCACCUUCCAGAAGAAAACGGGAGGCGAUAUAAAAAUCUACAAGAUUGAUAUUGCUGCUGUGGUGUUCUCAUUCGUGGCAUUUAUCCUCUACUUCCUGCACACCAUCCUUUCCUCCAUCCGAUGGAAGAACUUCUGAAGAGCAACGACAAACCACAGACCUGUUUAACAAAGACGUACUGUUUAUCAUGUGCCAGUCAACGUGAAUAUGUGUGUGUGGGUGUGUGAGUCAGUGUGUGUGUGUGUGUGUGUGUGUGUGUGUGUGUGUGUGUGGGUGUGUGUGUGGGUGUGUGUGUGUGUGUCAGUGUGUGUGUGUCUGUGUGUGUGAUGAAAUUACAAAUAAUAGAAACAGCUUGGUCAGAUACAUUGUAAAAUAAUUUAAAUUUGAUAUAAAUCAUGUAGGAAAAUGUGAAUUAUGAAAGCAAAAAAAAGAGUUUUCACUUGACAUUCAAACAAAAUGACAAGCCGUUAAUAAUUCAUAGUACUUGUAUCAUUUUUAGUAAGCAGUGUGAUUCAAAGAAGGUGUAUUUGUUUGCUUUUCUAAGAACUAUAGAACGUCUUUGAAACUCAUCAAUUGAACCCUAAUGACUUCAUACAUCAGUCAUAUAUGAACAAUGUGUCUUCAACCUCAUCCAUUUAUUAAAACAAAGAAAAUUAAAUGAGAAAAACAACAAUAUAAAUCUGAAUAAUCAAGCAGAGUGUGCAUGCGAAUGGAAGUCAAGAGUGUGGACAAAACGACAGAGAUGAUGAAAUGCAGUGAUGUUGAAACAGAGUCAAGAUACAUUCUUGGUUGAGUGACCAGAAACUGGUUGGUGGUUAUUUGUAGGUCAGUGAUGAUGCGGUAUUGCGUUAAAGAAAAGUCAUUGAUGGGCUUUCUUGUGGAGAGUUUGAUUAAAAGAAAAAGGAAACCUUUUCUGUCACUCUAAUGUGAAGCUACAUAAAGCAAGUUAGCUUAGCUUAGCUUAGCUCAGCUCAGCUCAGAUGGAAAGACUGGAAACAGCUAGCCUAGCAGGGUAACUCUAAAGUUAACCUGCCUUCUGAAGCUCUAGAGCUUCUGAAUUAUCCUGUUACAUCUUUUUGUUUGAUGGACACAAAGGCUGCCGUGACUUCUCUCCUGAAUUCUCUUAUGAGCUAAAACACAUCAGGAAGUGAUAGUUUAUCAAAAGAAAGGUUGACGUUACAUUUUAAAAGAGCCAGCAGGCCGAUUCCCUUUACUUCCUAUCAUUAGCUAAGCUACGCUAAGCUAACUGACCCCUUCAGAUUUUAAGGACAGGCAUACAAAUGUUAUUGAACUUCUCAGUUUGCUCUUGCAGCCAGUAAGUGUAUUUUGAGGAUGCAAAUGAAUUUAAUGCCUUACUUAUCUUGAUUUCAUUGUAUUUCUUUAAAUGCAAAUAGCUUCUCACUGUUUUAGAAGCAUUCCUUUUACUUUUUGUGAGUUGUAAUCAGACUGUUUGCUUUUUUAAAAAGUCAGUAUGAAAAGUUAAAAGUUGGAAAAUACUUGGUACUGACUGAUUUUUUUUUUUAACUAUUGCAAAUAUUUUCUUUUCUUGGUCACCAAGAAUUAUUGCUAGACAAACAUCACAACUUCCAAAAAAGUGAAGUGUCUAUUUUUUGUUUUUGGUAAAA